UUGUCUUUUUUAAAUAAAAUUUUUAUUUGGAAAUAACGUCAGACUUAUAGAAGAGUUUCAAAGGUACUACAUAGCAUUUUUUCAUACCCUUCACCCCAUUUCUUCUAAUGUUAACAUAUUAAGAAAUCAUUUAAUCAAAACUAAGAAUUAAUAACUGUUCUACUAUUAUUAACUAACUGCAAGUUUUCUUUGAAUUUCACCAGGUUUUCACUAAUGUUCUUUUUAUGUUCCAGGAUCGAAUCCAGGAUACCACCUUGCAUUUAUAUUUCCUGAAUCUUCUCUGGUCUGUGGUAGUUCCUCAGUAUUUCCUUAUUUUUCAUAACCUUGAUAUAGUUAAAGAGUACUAGUCAGAUAUUUAGUAGAAUGCUUCUCAAUUUAGUUACCUGAUUUUUUUUUUUUUAAUCUUUAGACUGAGAUUAUGGGUUUUGGUAAAAUAUACAUAGUAAUUAGGUAUCUUUCUUAUAGCAUCAUAUUGGAGGUACAUGAUAUUAAUGACUUAUUACUGGUGAUUUACAUGAUUAACUCUGUUUAUAUGUUAAAUGUUGUGUUUGCUAGAUUUCUCUACUGUAAAGUUACUGUUUUCCACUAACCAUAUGUUAUUCUUUGGAAGCGAGUCACUAAGUCUUGCCAACACUCAAGAGGAGGAGAAUUAAAUGAAUAUCAUGAUGGGGGAGUGCCUGCAUAUAUUAUUUGGAAUCUCUGUAUGAAAGAUUUAUAACUUCUCUCUCAUUUAUUUAUUCAAGCAUAUAUUUAAUUAAUAUGGAUUCAGAGGAGUGGCAUCACCAUGAUGGCACAGUAGGAGACGCCAGCUUCUGUCCCCUCACAAAGAAGAAGAAUUAGCUAUCUACUAAUGAGAAUAGCUCUGAAAGAUCUCCGGAGUCUACUUAAGAAGCAUCAGCAACACAGUGGGGCAGAAAAACUUGAGCAUAACCACACAAAAAGGUUGUCUACUGAACCUCAAGCCCAGAAUGACUACAGACCACAGCAAAAAGUUUCUUCUUCCAGGUUCCCUCUCUCAUGCCAUGUGGCAAUAGCUUUGGGACUUCUGAACACCAUUUUUGUGUGUUUCCUGCUUGUCCAGUGGAUUCGCUGCCAGGGUUCCAAGUGUACCACUUGUCACAGUUGUCCAGACCUCUGGAUGAAGUAUGGUAACUACUGUUAUUACUUCUCAGUGGAGAAAAAAGACUGGAAUUCUAGUCUGGAAUUCUGCCUAGCUGAAGACUCACAUCUCCUUAUGUUCACAGACAACCAGGAAAUGAGACUGCUUCAAAAUUUCCUCAAAAAGGACUUUUACUGGAUUGGUCUGAGGAACGAUUUUGGCUGGAGGUGGGAAGAUGGAUCAGCCCUAAACAUCUCAAGGAUUCUUUCAAACAACUUGAUACAGAAGUGUGGUACCAUCAGCAAAGAUGGUCUCCAAGCCUCUAGCUGUGGAGUUCUUUUACAGUGGGUCUGUAAGAAGGUCAGACUUUGAGGGGUCAGAUCUGUCAUAUGGCUUCCUAGUAAGAAGGAGCAGGCCUCUGGGGCUGGGAUGGACAUGAGUGUGAAUACUGAACCUUCUAGGACAUGGCAUUUGAUGCAAGACUCUGGACUCUCUGAGAACAUUUAGAUAUUAUCUUAACAAUUUAAAGAUCAGAUCUAGGAACAUUUGGGAAAUAAACAUUUUUUGUAGUACUUCUCACUCUAGUGACUGAUGCUGCCUCCUUCAUCCCCAUUCCCACCAUCUCUGUCAAAAAAUGUACCUUUCCUCUAUGUUAUGAUCCAAACUGAUCUGACAAAAUCCGUGCAGGUGGAUACUAUUGCUCAUGUGUUAUAGGGGUUUGAUGUGUGCUAGUGGGUUGGCAUGUUACUUAUUCCUCAUACUAUAUUGUUAUAUAUUAUAAAGGGCCCUUCACAGAUAAAGCUGUAUUCUAAAGGAUAAUGCUAAUAGUGAGAAUGUAAGUUGUAGUAAGUGGAUGAGAACAGGGUAGUGCUUUCUGCUUCUCAGCUCUUCACUUAGAGACCUGGCCUUGGCUGAAUUUAAUUUUUCUGGGUGUGCAUAGAUGUGGUUGAAUAAACUGAUAUAUGAUCAUAGCUUUUCCAUGUUGUGAAUGUGUGAUUUGCAGGUUAAUUUCACAGUAGUUGUCAAUCUGAAGAAAGUUUACAGAAGCCGUUUACAUGCUUGAUUCCCAAAUUAUUUUAGGCAUGAAUGCCUCAAAAAUGAGAAAAACUCGAUUAUUUCUCUUAAGUAGGGUUUGGAGAUAGAGCAGGAGAGAAGGUGCUGUUUAAAAGAUAUAGGAGGGAGUACUGAAGGGGACCACCAUUCUGUACUGUUAUGACGCUGGAUUAUAAUCUCUUAUCUUUCUCUCAUAGAUUUUUUUAGGAACAUGAACUGUAUCUUAUCCACCAUUGUAUCCCUCACACCUAAAAUAGUGCUUGUAUCAGUGAAUAUUAAAUAAAUGAAUGGAUGAAUAAAAAAUUUAAAAAUUC